GAAGGGACACGGAGGGAGCCGGUGCUGUUAGCGUGCUCGCAUGGUUCAGCGUGCAAGCAAACAGAUGGGUCCUUCCUCAUCCUCCAGUUGAUCAGAUGAGCCACUGUCGUGCGAGCAGCUCACCCUCUCGGAUAGAGGUUGUGUCAUGCUCAUAGAUAUGUACAACGAUUGUAGGCUAGACUGACGGUGGGUGUGUUUCCGAUGUCAGCCAGCCAGUAUAUCGGCCUGGCGCUGGCGGUCUCUCUUUUUCUCGGUUGGGGAUGCUGGAUUGCGGUGGGUCGCGCUGUUCUGACCAGAUCCUCAGCCAGCGCUCGUCAAUGUGUAUGCAAGACUGGGACAGGUGGAAGGCAAGCUCGUGCUCCCCUCAAUGAGACGCAAAAUAUAAGUGCAUUCAUUCAGGAGAUACACUGCACUGCGGAGGCUUCCUGUGCGCCUCAACUUCAUGGAGCAGCGAGCCUGGACCAAACGCAAAUUGAUGCAAAUACAGAUCUAGUGUUGGACAGAUAGGGCUUGGCUUCGCUGCAGCAACGCUUGCUUUCAAGGAAUAUCAAAAGGACACGUAUUGACAGCGAGUGCGUGGUCAUAGGCUAAGGGUUUCUGCAUUGAAA